AUGACCUAUAAUGAAUAUAAAUCAAACUGUAUGAUAUCAGUGUAUUUAUAUUCUGAUAAUAAGGUUGAUGGAAGCUGUAGUGGGGUGAUUCUUGAUAAGAAAAAUGGUUUAGUUCUUACAAGUGCUACUGUUCUAGCUCCAUUGGCAGCUAAAAGCCCAAGUUUGAUAUCCUCACUUGAGUCAUCUUAUUUGCCAGCUAUCAAUGAAAAUCUUCUCACAGUUGAAGUUUAUCUAGAAAAAGAACAGUUACCUAAAAUGCAAAAUACUAGUGUCCAAUCAAUUAAGAAAUCAACAAAUCAACCAAUUCACCAAUCAAAUGAUCAAUCAACAACAUUUUCUAUAUGCAAUUCCAAUACACUUGACAGAAUUACCUGCCACAAAAGUAAAAUAAUUCAGAUAUUUUCCUGUGAUAAUUUUGAUAAAGCAUUUAGUAGUUUGUUUGGUGGUUCCUGUUGGACCUUCACUUCUGAAGAUGACAAAAAAGACAGUUCUGCUAUCCAGGAAAAGGAUUUAAACAGCAUUCAAGAGUUGCAUCUUAAAUUUAUUCCUAAAUUCAUCUUGCUCAAAAUAUCCACUAUUCCACAAGACUAUUAUUUAGCUGAGGACUAUCUACCCCAAAUUAAUCAAGACAUUCUAAACCCCCAUGAUCUAAUUAAAGUUUGUGGCACUCCUUUUGGGAACCUUAGUCCAGAAGUGUUUAUGAAUUCUUGGAGUAAUGGAAUUGUUAGCAAUGUGUAUGGGAAGAGGAAUUGCCUUUUACUCACAGAUGCAAGAUGCGUUCCUGGAACAGAAGGGGGUGGAGUUUAUACCAUAGAAAAUGGAAUAAGGAAACUAAGUGGAGUAGUUGUUUGUUCUCUAUGUUGGAAAAAUAAUGAAUGGGUUGGACUAUCUAUUAUUUGUUCUAUACAGGAGAUACUAGAUACAUUGAACAGAAAGCUCAGUGUGAUUAUUCCUGCAAGUUCAAAACAGUCACUUCAAAGACAUGAUCUCAGUAAUGCAGCAGUAAAAGCUACAUUAAAAAGAAUUGUAUUAGUUAAAGUUGGUACUUCAUGGGGUAGUGGUAUUUUAAUAAAUAUUAAUCCUGUCUUAGUACUUACUUGUAAUCAUGUUGUCAAAGAUUCAUCAUCACCAGUUCAUGUAAAAAUAGGUAUUAAUUGUCCGCUUCUGAAAGCAAAUAUAGUUUAUCAACACCAACAGGGAGUACAGUUUGAUGUAGCCUUAUUACAUAAACAAAAAAAAUGUAGAAUAUCAAACCAAGAACAGUUGGAAAUAGCUUCACCUACUGAAGGGGAGGCAGUAUUAGCUAUAGGAUAUGGUGUAUUUAGUUAUGAUUAUAAUAUACAACCUUCUAUAACAUCUGGUAUAAUAUCUAAAGUUUUAUAUUUUAACUCUAGUCCAGUCCUAGUACAGACAACUUGUGCCAUACAUCCUGGAGCUAGCGGUGGUGCCUUAAUCAAUCAAUCAGGACAAUUACUGGGUAUCAUAGUAAGUAACACUAAAGAUAUAGAAACAGGAGCUAGUUUUCCUCAUAUUAGUCUAUGUAUACCAGUAAUAACAAUCUGGCCAGCAAUAAAACAAUAUCUUCUAACAUCUGAUAUAACUAGUUUAAAUUCAUUACAAGUAAAUAAUAGAUAUAUCAGAGAUGUGUGGUCUUUAGAAACACAGAAAAAAUAUAGUGUAGUUACCAGUAAAUUAUGA